UAACUAUGCUAAAUUAAAUUUCCAAGAUAACCUAAAAGAAAAUAUUCUUAGAUAAAUUGUUUUUAAUGUAAAUAAACAUGAUGUAUUUAUAUCAGAGAAUAUUUGGUUCCAUUGGACGGAGUAUAAACACCCCUAACAGGUUGUUUUUUAGACCAAAUAUACCAAAAAGGCAUUUUAUAUUAAGCACAUAUCCUUCAAAAGACUUAAAUUUUACACCACAACUUAGUUUUAAAUCCAAUAAGAGCAUUUAUUCAAGCAUUUUAAGUAAUUCGAACCUGAUAAAUCAAAAAAGGUUUUCAUCAUCAUCAAAUCAAAAUGGAAAAGGGGAGGAAGUACUUACAGUAGCUCAAAAACUUAAAAAAGCUGCUGCUGAAUAUGGACCAGUUGUUAUUAUUUUCCAUGUUGGAAUAUCUUUGAUUUCUUUAGGAAUUUGUUAUACUCUUGUGUCAAGUGGUUUGGAUUUAGCGGCUGUAGUUUCUUAUUUAGGGAUAAAUCUGGAUGGUGAAAGUAAAUUAGCAACAAAUGCAGGAACUUUUGUUGUUGCUUAUGCUGUACAUAAAGUGUUUGCUCCUGCUAGAAUUGCUAUAACAUUAACAUCAACUCCUUUUAUUGUAAAACAUUUAAGGAAGAUUGGGUGGUUAAAAUAUAUUCCAAAAAAAUAAUCUAAAAUAUUUUUGUUGUAAAAAGGCAUUUUAAAGGGGAAAAAUAUGGAUUUAUGUGGUUAUUGUUAUUGGUUUUUAUGAUAUUAUUACAUAUUUUUAUAUA